CCCCGCGCGCGCUUGCGCAGUGAGCUGCGCGGCCUGGCGAGUGUGGGCGGCGGCCGAGGCGGCGAGGGAGCGAGCGGGCGGCCUGGGUCCGUGGGGGCCGGGCCCGGCGCGAUGAUGAUGAUGGCUCUGAGCAAGACGUUCGGCCAGAAGCCGGUGAAGUUCCAGCUGGAGGAGGAUGGCGAGUUCUACAUGAUCGGGUCCGAGGUGGGGAACUACUUGCGCAUGUUCCGGGGGUCUCUGUACAAGAGAUACCCCUCCCUGUGGAGGCGUCUUGCCACCGUGGAAGAGAGGAAGAAAAUUGUGGCAUCCUCACAUGGUAAAAAAUCCAAACCUAGCGCUAAGGAUCAUGGUUACACCACCCUGGCCACCAGCGUGACCCUGUUAAAAGCCUCUGAAGUCGAGGAGAUACUUGAUGGGAAUGAUGAGAAGUACAAAGCCGUGUCCAUCAGCACAGAGCCUCCCACCUACCUCAGGGAACAGAAGGCAAAGAGGAACAACCAGUGGGUCCCUACAUUACCCAACAGCUCCCACCAUCUGGACGCCGUGCCCUGUUCCACCACCAUCAAUAGGAAUCGCAUGGGCAGAGAUAAGAAGAGGACGUUUCCCCUCUGCUUUGACGACCAUGACCCUGCGGUGAUUCACGAAAACGCAUCCCAGCCCGAGGUUCUGGUCCCCAUCAGGCUGGACAUGGAGAUCGAUGGGCAGAAACUGAGGGAUGCUUUCACGUGGAACAUGAAUGAGAAACUGAUGACCCCAGAAAUGUUCUCAGAAAUUCUGUGUGACGACUUAGAUCUGAACCCCCUGACCUUCGUGCCUGCCAUUGCUUCGGCCAUCCGGCAGCAGAUCGAGUCCUAUCCAACCGACAGCCUCCUGGAAGACCAGUCAGACCAGCGAGUCAUCAUCAAGCUGAAUAUCCACGUGGGAAACAUCUCUCUGGUGGACCAGUUUGAGUGGGACAUGUCCGAGAAGGAGAACUCACCAGAGAAGUUUGCUCUGAAACUGUGCUCGGAGCUCGGCCUUGGCGGGGAAUUCGUCACCACCAUCGCAUACAGCAUUCGGGGCCAGCUGAGCUGGCAUCAGAAGACUUAUGCUUUCAGUGAGAACCCUUUGCCCACAGUGGAGAUUGCGAUUCGCAACACGGGCGAUGCUGACCAGUGGUGCCCCCUGCUGGAGACCCUGACGGAUGCCGAAAUGGAGAAGAAGAUCAGGGACCAGGACAGAAACACCAGGCGGAUGAGACGUUUGGCCAACACCGCCCCAGCCUGGUAGCCACUGGCCCCUCUCGGUGAAGUCUUGGGAAGCGGGGCCCUCUGUCCUUUUCUCGUUGGGCCCAAGAGGCCGGGUGGGCACCCCAGGCUAGGGGAAGGGGUGGCUGCCCUUUGCCGGGUCUCCCCUUUCACUGCCUUGCCCAGUCUGAUGGUGGCCCUGGCCCUGGCCCAGGGUUGGGGGAGGUUCCGAAAGGCGCUCCGGGUCUGGGAGGGUUGGUUUUGUGUGCAGAGGUGCCCACAGCACAGCUAGGAAGAUUUUUUUAAAUAAAGAGAAUGUGGGUGUUCCCUUGA